AUGGUGACUCGAGCGUACUUUGAUCAUGACGGGCAAACCUUCCGUCGAGAUAGCAGCCGUGGGCAUGGUUACCCUCUGAGCCACGACCGCGACUUGCCUCCCGCACCUAGUCCCUAUAACACGGCCCGGGAACAUCACUUGUCGAACCAUGAAACUCGGAGUAGCAACAGCGCUGCGGAUCAAGAGAAUCAUAACUCUCGACCACGGAGUAGGAUUCCAGUUGCUUGUGGACGAUGCCGGAAACGCAAGAUCCGUUGCAGUGGGGAUUUAGGAGGUGGUCUCCCCUGUACCAACUGCAAAAGUGCUGGGAAUGAGCAUUGCCAAUUCUUGAGGGUCUCAUCUACUGAAGCAACCAUGAAGAACGAGCCGAAUGACUUCAAUCACUUCGAGCCUCCAUCUGCAGCGGCCCGACUUCAGUGUCGCAUGGUCCCGUACGGCCACCAUGCCUAUGUUCAACAGACGUCGCCCGUUGUUGAUGCUUACUAUCAACGCACCAAUGCCUCAUUAUCAGGAUAUCAGUAUCCAGCAAACGCCAAAUACUAUACGAUGCCGCCAUUUGAGUACCAAGACGAGGGCGACUUUGCCAUGCAACAAUCCUACCCAGCAGCUAUAAGCUCCGACCAGCUUCUGUCUUCCAACUUUCCAGUUGCCAGUGUGAGCCGAUCAUGGACCCCGACACCACAAUCCUCCAAGAACGCUCCUGUGUAUCUCGAGCAGGAAUCAUCUUUCAGUCAUGGUCAGCUCCCGUAUCACACCUACCCACUUCGACCAACCAUCAGCCCUGAGACCAAAAAUUCUUCGCUGAGCGGCCAAACCUUGAAUGGAUCUCUCCCUACGCCUGAAAGUGCAAACAACCGUGUUCUUCCCUUCCCAGCUGCUAACCGACAGCAGGUGGGAUCCUACCUUCACUCAAGCUCUAGCGGUCUUCCAACUUCUCAGGGAGGAUAUCAGUCCUACGAUGGACUUUUAAGCCCGAACACCCAAUCCAGGAAAUCUAUCAACAGCGAAAACGCAUCCCUCUCAUCAUCCUACCUUCCGUACUCCAGUAGUAGUCCUGAAUCGCUGGCGUCAUCCCAGAGAGCAUACAGUUCGCAGACUCUAUCUCCGCAAAAUGCCGAAAUAUAUGCUCCGAACAACGAGGGCCUCUUCCAUGCCAACGAAUCGGUAGAGUCUUUGUAUGGAACCAGCAGCGAGACUAAAAGAGGUCCGCAGAGCAGCCAAGGAGGGCCGGAAGGUUUAAUGUCGUCAAUGUCGAACGGCAACUUGGUGAACGGCCAUGCAUACGUCCCCUACAAUAAUCAGUCCAGCUACCCUCCUCCACCCAUGAACAUCCACCACGCUCCUCAUCGACGUCUCUCGAUUGGAAUCUCGGCUACUUGA